AUGGACCUCCGCAGCUGGCUGAGCGGCGGCCAGGGGCCGUCCCAGCAGUCAGCCCCUGCUCAGGAGCAGCAGGAGGAGCAGCAGGAGGAGCAGCAGGAGGAUCAGCAGGAGGAGCAGCAGCCUGAUCCACCGCCUGCUAGCCCGGCAUCGGUGGCGACGGCAGGCGGUGGAGGCGAGUUGGGCGGCAGCGAGCCUGUAGCCAGCAAUGAUCCAACAGGCAGCAACGAGCCUGCAGGCAGCAGCAUCGGUAUGCCGCCAGCCAAAAAACAGAAGCUGCACAAGCCGGGCGCGCAGCGGGGCAUCCACUCUGAGUGGUUUAAAGACCGCCCCUGGCUGGGCCAGCACGGCAGCAGUGUAUUCUGCCACGCCUGCUCUUCUUCAAAGACCAAGCCGGUGAUGCUGCAGAACAAGCUGGACACAAUCAACAAGCAUGCCACUAGCGAGGGGCACAAGACCAGCGUCAAGAAGUGGGAGCCGGCGUGCCUGCCCUAUGUUCCCCCCAAGAGCACCAGCCAGCAGCUCACCCUGCAGCAGGCAGAGCAGGGUGCCGCGCGUGAGGCGCUGGAGCGCUGGGAGAUGGCGGAGGGCAUUGAUGCGCCGCUGUUGGAGGAGCUGAUCCGCGAGCUGAAGGCAUGCCGCUUCUUCUCAAUCAGCGUCGAUACGAGCACCGACAAUGGUGGCUGCGACAUGAUGGAUGUGGAGGUGGACGUGGGGCUGCGCACCGACGCGCAGGGCCAGCUGGACCUGCUCCUGGACGUGCUGCAGCGCGUGUUCCGUCUGCCACCCGAGGAGAUUGGCGCCAAGCUGGUAGGCGGCGCGUUUGAUGGUGCGAUGGUAUACCAGGGCCACCUGGGCGGCGUGGGUGUCCUGUUGGAGGAGCAGGUGGCGCCCUUCAUUCAGCGCAGCCACUGCAGUGCUCACAAGGGCUCGCUGGCCAGCAAGGCAGUGGCCAGCGUGGAGCUGUUCAAGCAAGUGGAGGCGCUGGUGGGCGACGUGUACAACUUCCUGUCUGCCUCCCCCAAGAUGGCGACUAAGUUCAAGGAGGUGCAGCUGGGGCUGCAGGCCUUCCCAGGGCAGCUGGAGUUCGACGACAAUGACCAGCUGGUGCUGCGCUUCAACUCGGUCGACGACAGCUUCCCGCUGCAAGCAGAGAAGCCACGCCGGCACCCCCGUGCGUGCCGGUUUACAGAGCCAGUGACGCUCAGCGUGUUGCGACGUGAGAUGUCAGCCGCCAUGACCGCUGGCACGCAGGCAGCCCAGGCCACCGUGCUGCAGCUGGCAGAGCGUUUUCCGCCCACGGAACUGCUGGCGGCGUACGGCGUGGUGCAGCCUGAGUACUGGCUGCAGCCAGACGCCCUGCAGCGCUUCAAGCGUGACCUUGCAACCCUGGCCAAGCAGUUUGGCGUGGCACGAAACUACACGCCGCGGGCAGCGGUGCAGGCCCAGGCAGCCGCAGCAGAGGCAGCAGCAGAGGUGCAGGCGCAGGCAGCAGCAUCCGCCGCUGCAGCAGAGCAGGAGGCAGCGGCAGCCCAGCAACAACGCUCAACAGAUGCAGCACACCUGCUGGAGGCAGUGAUGGCUGCAAGCGCAGAGCUGAAAGCUGCUGCUGCUGUGGCGUUGUCGGCCGACACAGCGCCGCAAGACCGGCCAGCAGCACUGCAACGUUAUUUAGCAGUGCAGGCUCAGCUUGAUGACCUGGAGCUGCAGGCGGCGGCCUCGCGAGCGAGCGCCCCGCGCACCGCCACGGUUGCGUCUGUGCCCGUGCCACCAGCACCUGCAGCACCUACGGCCCCGCAGCCCGUCACCGUGCAGCCGCCUCUUGACGUGCACCUGCUGGAGCUGCAGGCUGACCGCUGGGCAGCCCUGAUGCAGACGCGUGCCCCGCAGUACCGAGAUUGGCAGCAGCGGCGGCGUACGGCGCAAGCGGCAGGCGAGGAGCUGCCUUGUGCCACUGAGCAUCUGUGGCGCUCUCUGGAGGCACAGCAUGCCACCCUGGCCGGCAUCUCUGAGUACCACAAGCUGGCUGAGCUGCUGCUGUGCCAGCCGACUGGCAGCGUCGACAAUGAGCGGCGGUUCAGUAGCAUGAACAACAUCAAAUCGAAACUGCGCAACCGCCUCAAGCCGCCCCACCUCAACGCCUGCCUGCGCAUUGCCAGCAGUCCCUUCUCCUAUGACACCUUCCCCUUUGCUGCUGCCUUUGAUGCUUGGAACCGGGCCGUCAAGCGCCAGGUGUAA